AUCCGAAGGUAACGGUUAAAGCGCGUGUGAGUUAAAUCGUGAAAAACCACCACAAGAACGAUAAAUGGAAGACUUAUCAGAGUUUCUAAAAAAACACUAUUGUGGUUUGUAUAAGAAAAAGCAAGAUAAGUUCGAAACUGUGACAAAGCGUGUCGUGAAAAUGAACGAACAGAGGAAAACUCAUCGACAUGAAGAAUUAUUUGGAAAACGAAAAAUCCCACUGAACAUGUCCCCAAUUUUUACCCCAGAAGGCAAUCGAGAGAAGAUUGUGAAAAGGCAACCACAACAAGAAACUCAACCAAAAGCGACUAAUAAACGAAUCGAAAUGUUGGUCAAGUGGAAAGCGGAGAAAGAAAAGCGGAAAAUGGCCGAGAAAAGUAACCUGAAGCCGGUUUUCAAGGUAUCGCGGGUCGUUACAAACGUAGGUUUACCUAACUUAGAAAAUGUAAAUAAGGAGAUUAAAGGGAAGCCAUUUAAAUCGAAAUUUGCCCCUCCAAAUCACCAGUUUAAACCGCCGGCUAAUAUUAAGCCGAUACAUUUUAAUAAUUCGGUAAAUAAAUCUACACGGGUAGAGAAAAACAAGACUGAUUUGCCGCAAACACAACACCGGAUGACGACGAGAUCAAAAACUCGGAAAGGGGGCGAACAAGUUCAACCCAUUGAAGCUAAAAAAACAGUGCCAAAAACUAAAUUAAAACAGAAGGCUGAAAAGAAAAAUAACAAAGAAAAACGUAGCGAUUCAGUCACGUCAUCAAGCCAAAAGAAAAAUAAUGUACCUGAAGAAGUCAGUACUAACAAAAAAAAACAGAAUGAUUCACUCUUGUCACCUGAUUUUCCUGGAGAAAAACAGAGUUUGAGUGAAAGUGAUGACGUCAAAACGCCAAAGAAAACAGCCUCUCCUGCUACUGUGUAUGUGAGUCCUUUUGUUACAGUAUCAAGAGGGAAAGACAGUGCCCGUAAAGAAUAUGAAGCGCGGAAGUCCAGAAAGUCCUUUACGUUGAAGGAAGAUUCAGCUCAGUGCACUUCUCCAAAAGCUGGGGCUGCAUACUUCAUGAAUAUUCUAAAUAAGCAAAUUAUUCGUCUGACUGGCUUAAUGGAUAAAUGGGCUCAAUACAAAGAAGAAGAAAACGUGCCAGAAGAAGCGCAUUCUAUCAUUGACGUGACAAUCGGUCAAACGAAUCUCUUGCUAACAAAAAAAUUUAUGCAAUUCCGGGGUUUAAUAGAGACGUGCCAACAAAGCAACUCUGAGACGCCUGUGACGUGUGAAGAUCUGCACGGUUUCUGGGACAUGAUGUACAUCCAGGUGGAAAACUUAGACAAACGCUAUGAAAAUUUAGACAACUUAAAAGUGAACAAUUGGCAAGAAAUUGUGCCUGAAGUGAAGAAAGUUGCGAAGAAAAAGGGCAGGCCCGUGAAGAACGCAAAAGCCUCUGCAGGUCUGAGGGCAGCGAUUCAAGCAGCAAGGAGAAAAAAAGCCGCAGAGAGUGAGAAUGAUCAGGAGGCAACUGUUGAGAAAACCCCCAAUAAUAGGAAAAGCGGCAGUAGAUUAAUGAUGGUGAAAACGGACGAGAAAAAUCGGCGGAAAAGUUCGCCGGGAUUGAUGAUGAUGAAAGUGGCGCAGUACGCGAAAGGUGUUGAGACACCUGGCAAGAGUAUUUUAAAAACGGACGGGCGUAAGUCGGCCAAAAGUCACUCGAAAUCGGUUCUUUUUGAGGACGAAAUUGAAGAUCUUGAAAAUAAUUUAAACAAGACUAACGUAGAAUUGAAAGCUAAAACGCCAACACGAAAGUCCAAACGGCUUUCAAAAACAAAACUGUUUUGACGUAUGUAUGUACUUAUUGUUUACUUUUUAUGUUUGUGUAUAUUUAUAAGCUUUAAGAUUUGUAAAAUGUUUUAAAUAAAACAAGAAGGAACUUGGAAGAUUUCA